UUGAAGGUGCACGUCCGUUUUUAACCAGAGCAAAGGCAGGAAUAAUGGGAGUAAACGAUAAAUGCGAAAAAGGCCGGACAGCCCUUCAUAACGCCGCAGAGAAAGGUCAAUUGGAGGUCGUUAAAUGGCUCAUCAAGAAAGGAGCCAAAGUUGAUUCGACGGACAAACUUAAGCGCAAACCACUUCAUUAUGCAGUUUUAUCGGGCGUUGUGGAAAUUGUUCGAGAACUUGUCAAAAAUGGUGCAAAUGUGAAUGCUGAAAACGAAUAUAAAGAGACACCACUUUAUUGGGCAGCUGCCUCUGGCCGUGUGGAUAUAGCUCGAGUACUUGUUGAAAAAGGUGCAAAUGUCAAUGCUAAAGACGACUAUAAAGAGACACCACUCCAUUGGGCAGCUUCCUCUAUAUUGGCCCAUGUGAAUGUAGUUCGAUAUCUUAUUGAGAAAGGUGCAAAUGUAAAUGCUGAAACCAAAUAUAAAGAGACACCACUUCAUGUGGCAGCUGCCUCUGGCUAUGUGGAUAUAGUUCGAGUACUUAUCGAAAAAGGUGCAAACGUUUUUGCAAAAAACGAUGUUGGACAAACACCUCGUCAAAAAGCUGAACAGAGAGGUCAUUUUGAACUGGCGAAAAUCUUGCGGGAAGCUGAAGAAAACCAAAAACCAUAAAACAAACUGAAAUUUCAAUUAUGUUCGAAAAGAAAUAAUAUUGAUGAACACGAUGACAAUUAUGAGUCAUGAUUUAUGUCGAAUUUCUUUCAAUUCAAUUGAAUCAAGAAAAAAUUUCAAUUAUAAAAAAGUGUAUAUUAAAGCAAUAA